AUGGCAGAGAGGGUGCCCACGACAUAUGUCGGCCGCAAAAGGAAAACGGUAUAUGAGACGGCUUCCAAAAAACGGAGGCUGGACAACCAGAGGGCCAAAACCAGAGUCAACGUCGGUGUGGCUUUUCAACGCUGGCGUCGACUCAUGGAAGAGCAGGGGCUGAAAAACGACGCCAUGGUGGCCGAGUUUCUUUUGGACAGUUUUAACUGGGAAGAAGUUACUGGGCUUCCUGCUCAGGAGACUGAAGAUGAAACCGGGGACGUCAACACAGACGAGGAUGACACGCGUGUGCUCAGCUCGAACCAUGAUGCCAGCAGGCCAGGACAAUCACCACAUCCACAGACCGGCCAGGAUAACGGAUGAUUGCUCAAUUCCGUAUGUUGUGUUGUGUUAUCAGUAAUUCUAUCCUUUUUAAUCAAGGAAUUUAUAGGUGCGGCGUCGAGGCAAUACAGUUUCAUUGCAAAUACUGUCAAGCUAACGUUGUUGCCGGAAGAGGGGCAACGCUAGCAAUUUGCUCCACCAUCUAAACUGAGAGGAUGUCAUGGAAUAAGAAUCGAGAAUUCCUAAAUGUUGACGUUUCCAGAGUGUUUCCUUUUUACUGAUGGAGCGUCACUACACUGGUGUUGUUUUUUUCCUGCUUGGCGUCAAGACUGUAGUCGGGAAACAGUGGGUACAUUUUCACUUUCUCCAGCUCUGAAGCGCCAUCUCGCUCCGGAACCAAUCUGCUCACUUUCCUCAAUGGUGUGACAAGGGACACACAUACAGACACCUCUUUAUUAUAUUAAGACCGACCGCAACCGGCACCGCAGCCAACUCCGCUUCUCUUAUCCUGUCGCUCUGCCACACACACACACAUCCUACACACUUCAUUCCAGUCAAUAGAUAGGCCACUCAUGUUACUCUGGUUUAUAGCGGCCCGGGAAACUCACAGAUGAUGGCAUAAAAAGUGUGAAAGAAUAUUGUCAUUUCACUGUUCUGAGACUGUUACGUUGCAGAUGUUUUAAAAGCUACCUGUUUUGUAUUUUACUUUGAAAUACUUGAAGUGAUAAGAGAACAUUAUUUUAGAGUAUUUUUUAUUUACAAUUCCUCCAGUUCAAUGUGUAAAACUGACAAUAAACAUUGUUGAAAUGUCA